UCGCUCCAUCCCCGCAGCGGCGGCGGGGGGCGGGCGCUGCCCGCGCGUCCUCGGCUCCGGCGGGCGAUGCGCUUCCUCCGCUGAGCGCGCCCAGGGCCGACCGGCAGCAUGACGGUGGAGUUCGAGGAGUGCAUCAAGGACUCGCCCCGGUUCCGGGCAACCAUCGAUGAAGUGGAGACAGAUGUGGUGGAGAUCGAGGCCAAGCUUGACAAGCUGGUGAAGCUCUGCAGUGGGAUGAUUGAAGCAGGCAAAGCCUACAUCACCACCAACAAGCACUUUGUCAGCGGCGUCCGGGACUUGUCGCAGCAGUGCAAGAAGGAUGAGAUGAUUUCGGAGUGCCUCGACAAAUUCGGAGACAGCCUGCAGGAGAUGAUCAACUACCACAUGAUCCUGUUUGACCAGGCCCAGAGGUCAGUCCGGCAGCAGCUGCACAAUUUUGUGAAAGAUGACGUCAGGAAGUUCAAGGAGACCAAGAAGCAGUUUGACAAGGUGCGGGAGGACAUGGAGAUCUCCCUGGUGAAGAACGCCCAGGCCCCCCGGCACAAACCCCACGAGGUGGAGGAGGCCACGGGCACCUUGACCAUCACCAGGAAGUGUUUCAGGCACCUGGCCCUGGACUACGUGUUGCAGAUCAACGUGCUGCAGGCCAAGAAGAAGUUUGAGAUCCUGGACGCGAUGUUGUCCUUCAUGCACGCCCAGUACACCUUCUUCCAGCAGGGCUACAGUCUGCUCCACGAGCUGGAUCCCUACAUGAAGAAACUGGCCACAGAGCUGGACCAGCUGGUGAUUGAUUCUGCCGUGGAGAAGAGGGAGAUGGAGCACAAACACGCCCUGAUCCAGCAAAGGACCCUCCUGCAGGACUUCUCCUACGAUGACUCGAAGGUGGAGUUCAAUGUGGAUGCCCCAAAUGGAGUGGUGAUGGAAGGUUACCUCUUCAAGAGAGCCAGCAAUGCUUUCAAAACAUGGAAUAGGAGGUGGUUCUCCAUCCAGAACAGCCAGCUGGUGUACCAGAAAAAGCUAAAGGAUGUGCUCACGGUGGUGGUGGAGGACCUGCGGCUCUGCACUGUCAAGCCCUGUGAGGACAUAGAGAGGAGGUUCUGCUUUGAGGUGGUCUCACCUACCAAGAGCUGCAUGCUGCAGGCUGACUCGGAGAAGCUGCGCCAGGCCUGGAUCCAGGCUGUGCAGGCCAGCAUUGCCUCUGCCUACCGGGAGAGUCCGGACAGCUACUACAUCGAGAGACUGGACCGAACUGCCUCCCCCUCCACGAGCAGCAUCGACUCCGCCACCGACUCCCGGGAGCGCAGCGGGAAAGGGGAGACCAUCCUGCAGAGGGUGCAGAGCAUCCCUGGGAAUGACCAGUGCUGUGACUGUGGGCAGCCAGACCCUCGCUGGGCCAGCAUCAACCUGGGCAUUCUGCUGUGCAUCGAGUGCUCAGGGAUCCACAGGAGUCUGGGUGUUCACUGCUCCAAGGUCAGAUCCCUCACGCUGGAUUCCUGGGAGCCAGAGUUACUGAAACUGAUGUGUGAGCUGGGGAACAGCACCAUGAAUCAGAUUUACGAGGCACAGUGUGAAGAGCUGGGACUCAAGAAACCAACAGCGGGGAGCUCCAGGCAGGACAAGGAGGCCUGGAUCAAGGUGAAGUACGUGGAGAAGAAGUUCCUGAAGAAGCUGCCGAGUGGGGAGGCUCUGACGGAGAACGAGCGGAAGCCGCGGCGCUGGUGCGUCAAGAAGUGCCAGAGGCACAACAGCACCACGAAAGCACCCACAGCUCGGAGGAAGUACCGGCACGAGGCAGGGAAUGCCUCCCCAGCCAUGCUGUCCUCAGCAGCCACCCUGGAGAGGAAGUUCCGCCGGGAUUCCCUGUUCUGCCCCGACGAGCUGGAUUCCCUCUUCUCCUACUUCGACACCGGCGCCGGCUCCGGCCCUCGCAGUGCCAGCCACAUCUCUGAGCAGCACCCGCUCGCAGGUGGCCCCUGGAGUGGCAGUGGCAUUGGUCCCGGUGGGAGCGGUUCGCCGUUCCUCCUGGACGGAGGUCUGAGCAGUGACAGUGGGCUCGGAGGGAGCACCGACGGCAGCACCGACAUCCUGGUGUUCGGCUCGGUGGUGGACAGCGUGACGGAGGAAGAGUGCGAGGUGUCCGAGGAGUCCAGCGGGGAAGCAGAGAUUGAGCAGGAGGCAUCAGACCUGGAGGACCUGAGGGAGCUGCACCCCGGCUUGUUGAUCUACAAGGCAGCACAAGCCCGAAAUCUGCCCCUCAUGGCAGAAGCACUCGCUCACGGUGCUGAGAUCAACUGGGUGAACGACGAGGACGAGAACAAAACUCCCCUGAUUCAAGCUGUGAAGGGGGGCUCCUUGAUAGCCUGUGAAUUCCUGCUGCAGAACGGGGCAGAUGUGAACCAAAGAGACAGCCGAGGCCGGGCCCCCCUGCACCACGCCACGUACCUGGGCCACACUGGCCAGGUGUGCCUGUUCCUGAAGAGAGGGGCCAACCAGCACGCGGUGGACGGCGACGGGCAGGACCCGCUGAGCAUCGCGGUGCAGGCGGCCAACGCAGACAUCGUCACCCUGCUGCGUCUGGCUCGGAUGAACGAGGAAAUGCGGGAAGCAGAGGGUCCCUUCGGACAACCAGGGCAAUAUCCCAGCAACAGCCCCACUGAGCUGCAGUACAGGAAGUGCAUACAGGAGUUCAUCAGCCUUAACAUAGACGAGUGUUAGUGACAACUCCCCCCACGUCCCCUCUGCUGUCUUGAAGUUGGGCCUGAAGUUCCCAGAAGCCCUGAGAAGCCCCACCCUUGGUUAUAUUGGUGUUCCUUGCAGAUUGGUCUGUUUUUGAUGCCUGCACAUAUAGGUUGAGCUGCACACAGGAAGGGACAAGGGGGUCUUGUUAGCAUUAAGUUCUCAAUGCUUGACUACUGGAUGGUUGGUUUUGCGUAGGAGACUCCCAGGGCAUAACCACAGACCAUGGCAUUGUGGACCUGAGUGUGUGAGAAGUGUGGGAGACGAGUUUAGCAUUAAAGAGAAAAGGAGAAAAAAAAAAAAAGAAAAAAAGAAAAAAAGGGUAAAAAAAAAAAAAAAAAAGAGAGAGAGAGAAGAAAAGAGAAAAGGAAAACCCUCUCUCACCAGGAGAAACCCAUCAAGAACACGAGCUGACGAAGCUGUCUCUGCCCCAGUGCAACCGCUCUGCGCUGAGCUCUUGUCUGAACAGUUGGCUUGGGAGGGAUCCUGGCGUGGAGCUCUGGGUCCUGGCAGCCUGACCAGCAGCUCAGAAAACUUAAGAGACGACCUCUAAAUCAGGAACAGGCUGCUCUGUGGGGCAGAGACGUUUUGCUGCAGGAGGCACAGAUGGGGUAGGGCUGAGAGCGACGGCUCCUCACUUUAACUGCUCUCAGGACUAAACCAGCCGCCCUCCCCUCUGUUUUUUGGUUUUUUUUGCCCUCGGUGGUUUAGCUGGUCAAAGCCAUAGCUCCUGCUUCCUGGGCCAAGGUGCAGAGUGCACAAAGCGCUGUGGAAGUGGCAGUGCUGAUUUUUGGCGGCCGGGAGAAGCUUGUCGCUGGCGAUGGGCUUUGUGUGUCAGGGAAGAGAAGCCACGUCCAGCCCCCGCCACGGCUGCGCCUGCGCUGGGACUGCAGCUCGGUUUGUGUCCUGGUCACCUCAGAUUCCUGACAGCACCUCUGGGAAGGAGAAUUCCACUUGCAUGUGUUCCCUCUGUGCUCACCCCCUGCAUGCCGGAGCGGCUCAGCAGCUGGCCCGGGGGCUCUGGAGUUCCCUGGUUCCGGGGACCAGCAGGAUGCUCUUGGUGUUUCUUUCCUUUUCCUCGUGGUGUUCUUUGCUGGAGUGAGGGAAUGUGGGUCUGCUCAGAGCACUUUGUUGCUGUGCUGAUGGUCUGUGUCUCUGCAGAGCUGCUGGGGCUGUGUCAUCCUCUCUUGGGAGGGCUGGCAGAGCACAGGCACCACUGUGUUCCCUCUGGCUGGGAGCCUGGAUGCUGAGCUGUGCUCCUGUAAAGAGCCUCUUCCCAACGUCCCCAACUGCAAUUGGCAUCAGAGUUUGUCAGGACUUGUGGGUGACAGUCCCCUGCCUGGGCACCGAGGCUGCUGGCUCUGGGGUCAGGCCAUAGUGCCUUAUGGAUUGUCCUGGGAUUUUGAGGGGGUCAGGAGCUUGCAAGGAAAGCAAGAAUCCCAGGCAGACUUCCCCAUCCUCCUGCGUUCCAUCAGCAGUGGUACAAAAUCAUCUUCUUUAUCAUCCAUUGCACGUUUGACUUCACACUUUUGCAGCCUGGCUGCUGCCCUGCUCACCCCUCAGUGGCUGGAACCCCUUAGUGGGGGAAACCUUUGUAGGUUUGUUUCUAUUGCUCUAAUUGUGCCCUCAGAGACUGAACCAGCAGCUCUUGGUGUCCACCCACACAGCUACAGGUGGAUCAAUAAACUCCACUCAGUCUCUUGUAGGGUCCUCUUGGUUCAAGGGACAGUCCCUGCUUCCUUAGGGAAGUCCUGUCCCAAGUUUUCCUGCAGCCAGAGCAGUUUUCUGGCUGUGCAGCCUGGAUCUGGAGGUGCAUCUUUGUCUUGUUGCUUUCUCAUUCCGUUGGAGUUUUGGGAUGCCCAAUCCCAAAGGGCUCAGUUCUGAUUCCCAGUGUCUGAAUCUGGACUGGCCCUGGGGGCUCUGCAGUGCAAAACCUGCCCCCAGGGCCUUUCAUGCUUCUCUAAAUAAGGAACAAUCUCCUUCCAGCAGUCUUGGGAAAUGAAAAUUCUCCCUUCUUAGCUGCUCAAUGCCUGGUGUUGGAGCAGGCAGUGCUCCCUCUGAACUUCUCCCUGGGUGAAAGCUGUAGGACAGGCCCUGCAGCUGGCAGAGGGCAGAACCCAUGGUCUGUUCAUCCUUUGCCCAGCUCUGGCACCCUCAGCAGUGACUCAGGACCACGUGUGGGAUGAAGCAGCUUGGCAUAAAAUGCCGCCCUUGCUACACUUCAGAGGAGCUGGGAUGUGCAAAUCCCUAGUUCAGAGGACAACUGAGAGCUGGGACUUUGUAGCACCCACGGGUGACUCUGGAGUCACCACUGGAUGGGGACUCUGGAGCAGAAGCUGGCUGAGUGAUGCCAAAGGCAGGCAGAUGUGCCCUGGGUGUGGCAGUGCUGCUUCUUGGUGCCCCUCGGUUUGCACUGAACAUCCUCCUGCCCCCCGUGGGAAGGUUGGGCAUCUCUUCCCCCUGUGUUUCUCCUGCAGGACACAGAGGUUACCACUUCCCACGCUCGUGGAGCUUCAUCUUUCAGUCAUUUGCAUUGGGGAUUUGGCUUCUCUGUGAUCCAAACCACCUCAAGUUUCAAUUUUUCCCCAACCCACGAGCAGGGCAGUGCCAGGGGUCACCGCCCCCUUUGCCAUCCCUUCCCUGCCAGCUGAGCCCCUUUGCUCUGGAGGUGCUGCAGUCAGCCUGAGCGUGGCCAGGACCAAACCUGCAGUGUGGAAAUGCCCGUGUGAGCAAAGCCCUGCAGCCCCCCCAGCUCCCUGCAGGGCCGGGGUGGGGUUGGCCGCUGGUGGCCAGUGGUGCUGAGCCCCCCAUCCCCCCCAGACCCAGCAACAACGCCCGUGCCUGCCCUGUGGGGCCGUGCUGUGCUCAGGGUUCCAUCACACCACCCCCCUGUGCCACCCAGAGCAGCACUUGGAGCGCUCUCCACCACCAGUACCCAGCCACGAGCUCGCUCUGCUUCCCGGGCUGGGAGCCGAGCGGUGACUCCUCUCUCCAGCCCCAUCCCGGUUUAAACACCGACCUGCAUCGAUCCAGAUGAUGGUUUUUUGGGGUUUUUUUUGGUGCUGAUGUGCCCUCAAGUCGUGCCCUUCCCGAGCUGGAAUCCUUCAGGGUACCUCAGAUAUCCUGAGAGGGAAAUCCCUGUUUCACCACUGCCACGGUCCUGCUCUGCUCACGGAUCUCAGCGUGCUCAUUGUCCAGCAAUGGGUUCAUUGGGUUGGUUUGUUUUUUUUUUUUUAACAUGUACAGCGACUUAAAACACCCCAAUUGGUUUUUUGCAGCUUUUUAGGAGAAGUUAGAAAUACAAACUGAUCCUUCCUGUGAGCCCCGGGAGAACUGUGGCUUCCGCUUUGGGUCGUUUUUAUUUCACGGGAACAUCCAAAAAAUCAUGUACAGUUCGGUCCUUUGAAGCUCAGACUCACUGCUGAAGUACAUGAAGUUAAAGCAAAUGUAAAUACUGAUGCAAAAAGCAGUGUCUUGCAAGACAAUUUAUCUAUUUAACAUGUAUUGGUACUUUAUUUAGAUUCAAUGUAUAAAGCAACUUUGUGCACUUUUCCUACAUUACAGUAUUGGGGGGUUUUAUGUUCUUUUGUUAUGGAUUUUGUGCUGUCUUUUUUAAUCAGUGAAAUUGUUAAGUAUUUAAUUUAUUAUUGAUGUGCCCAGAGGACUAGUGCAAUUUUUAUUCAAUACAGUUUGUCUGUAUUUAAUGUCAGGAUUUUUUUUUUUUUUGUAGCAUCGUUAGGGAAUAUUUUUCAAAACCUGCCUUUUUCCCCAUACACACACACACAAUUUUCCUUUCUUUCCUUCACCCCUCUCCUCCCCUUUCUCUUCUAUUUUCAUUAUACAGAUCAUGAGGUAUUAAAUUUGAAUUAUAACCCAACAAAGGUGUUAUAAUUUGAAUUACAACGCCUCGAAUUUGAAAUAUAACCCAACACUUGAGUACACCCCGCAGUUUUCCAAAACAAAAAAGUUCUCCAGGAAAAAACAUGCUAAGGAGGCACUUCCCGAUGUUUUCUGUGUUUCUUUUAUUUGGUUUUUGUUUUGCUUGGGGGUUGGGGGGGUGUGUGUGUGUGUUUGGAAAGUUUGGAGGGGAAAGUGGGGAAGUUGAGCAGAUAAUUUGCUUUCAGCGAAGGAAAUGGCUCACCAGGCUCCAGGGAGGAUGAGAAAUCCAACACUUUCUCGUUUCCCUGCUUCCACUACAGCUGGAUUUGUGUUGUUUGAGAUGCCUAAUGCCAGAACUACCCUUUUUUUUUUUUUUCUUUUCCCCUCUUCUUUCUUUUUCAAAAGCGCAGGUUUGUUUUUCCCUCUCUGAUGGUGACUUGGUUGCAACCACAGAUAAACAUGAGGAAAUUUGCCUUUUGUCUAGAAAGCAGCAUGCCAGGCAUUGCCCCAAACCCAGCUGGACCCCAAAACCACCCCAUGGAUCCUUCAUCCUUUGAGUUUCUGACAUCUUGGGUGAAUAUUUUUCUCUACCUGUCCUCGCUUUUAUUUGAUCCAACAACCCCUGUAACCAAGUGCCUGGACAGGUAGGUUUGAAUCUUUGGGGUCUUGCCACUCACACACGUCCCUGAUUCCAGGUGGGAUGAGUUCAGGGUUGCUGGCAAGUUGAAACAAUCCCCUCUGUGUUCCCUCUCAUCCAGGGAAGCCUCAGGUUAUUUUAAUAUUGCUGGCUCUGAGAUGGUCCCUGCAGUGGGGAACGAGGGGGAAAACUGGAACUGGAAGAAUUUAAAGGCAUUUAAAGAAUGUCUUUAACAACAAAAAAAAAAAAAGGUGUGAGGAGCUGAGAUUGUGAUAAAAUCAUAAAGAAUAAAAUCACGAAGGUUGGAAGAGACCUCUGAGUUCAUCGAGCAGAUGAUCCUGCACCUUCGAGUAGAGAACUGAACAGGUGAUUUUUGAAGAAUUAGAUCAGCAACAUCUCAGAGCAGCAAAAAUGGCCGUUAUUUAUGCAAGAAAAAAAAACCCCAGGGCCUCCUAAAGAAAUGCACUGAUGAACUCCCUGUCCAGUGGCCACGACGUGGCUGUCCCUGCCAGGCUCCCUGUGCUGCUGGACAGUGCCCAGCCCACGUGUCCCCCUCGCUGCCCGAGCAUCAUUGCUUUCAACCAAAGACAAACCAGGCUGAAAGGUGACAUCAAACCGUGGCUUGGCUGGUGCCAGACAUCUCUGGGAAGUGUGCACGUGUGUGUGAGUGUGGGGCUGUCACGGGGAGGAGGAGGAGGGGGUGGGAAGAAGAGCAGCAGAAGGGAGAGGGGGAGUUCUGGAGGAACAAGAUUUAUUUUUAAGGGGGUGUUUUUUUUGUUGGGUUUUUUUUGGGGGGGUUUUUUUUGGAGGUUCCAAAAUACAGGAGCACUGUUUCCAUGGGAAUGGGGCUCCCAGCAUUCCCAGCCUGCUGGGAAUUCGGGCAGGGGAGGGUACAUCCAUUCUGAGCUGUGUUGGUGGGUGAUGGUUGUGGGGAGGGAAUGAGGAGCCAGAGGGUUGUAGCCAAGGGAUUUUUCCAAGGCAUGAGGAGGACCUCGUGUGCUCCCAGUGCAGCAGUUGGGAUGGACAGGGAGGAAUGUCUGGAGCCAGGAGCAUUUGCUCCACAAACACAGCACUGAGCACCUUCCUCCCCGUGGGGGCCAGGACGGGGCACAUUCGGGUCCUGUCCGUCCUCCUGCUCCCGUGGGGAACACCUGGCAGUGACACCUCAGGUUGGCCCUGGCUCUGUGGACCUCUCAGUUCCCUUCCUGGGGCUCCCACCCCUUCCUCUCCAAACAGCACAGGCAGAAACAAGUCCUGGAGCCAGGCCAGAGCUGCUGAGUGUGGUUGGUGGCUUGUAAAUAAAGCUGUAACCUUAUUAACCUCCUCCCUUCACUUGCCUGCUUUUCAGUACAACUUUGUAAUAGGUUUUUUAAUCCCACCUUCCCCCCCCCCCCCUUUUCCCUACACAGCCUGGACUGACUGUAACCAUGGAACCAGAUAUUCUGUAUGUUAUUAUCUUUGUACAAUUUUAAAACUGUUGCUGUGGUGUCUGCCUUUUUUUUUCUCUCCCCCCUUUUCCCUUCUCUUCUAUGGUCUCUUGAAGCACUGUCAAUAAAAAUCUAGAUAAACUCCUUC